UCGUUUGUGAGGAAACAGCCCUCAAAGGCGUGGCAGUUUUCAGAGGGACAGCCUUUAAAAACCAGCAGAAGAAUGAUCUUACAGUCUUCACAAGACACAGCCGAAGAACAUCACACUUUUCUCAAGAACAUAAACAUCUAACAAUGGCAGCAAACUUCAGCCCCCAAAAAAAUGGCCGAAAAGCAAGACCACAUGUCUGUAAAAAGGAAUACAUUGCAAUAAAAGAUCUGAAAAUAAAAGAUGAGAUAAAACAACUACAUAUGAAUAAAACGUAUCUUCCGAAAGACAUCCCUGAUUAUCCUUCUCCUGUUGAAUUUCACAUCACAGAAGUGGCUCAUGUCACUAACAAGACGAGCCUUGAGGGCAUCUGGAAGUCAGAGGGAUUCAUGGGUCUUGAUGAAGAUUCGUUUUCAUGGUGGAGCCUGAAGAUUAAUGAAGCGGAUAUAAGAGCAGCAGAGGAGCGUUACCUCGAGAAAUUGUUCCCAGACAUAACCAAAGAACAAAAAACAGCUCAUCCGCCGUUCCUGAGUGAUUUCACCACAUCACCGUUGUUCCUGAAUGAAUUCUCACGCUACGGUAACUUCCGCUUCACCUUUCCUCUGACUGAACUGAUGGAAGCCUACAAGAAGCAGAAGUGUGAAGGUCAAGAGCCAGUUCUCCGGAUCUACGGGACCAAACUUUUCAAACAGGAGAUUGAGUAUGUUGUUCUUGUUCACAGCCCUGACCUCAAUGAGAAGUUCAGUCAAUUUCCAGAGCUAACAGACAAUCCAUGGGUUGCUUAUGAUGGACAUCAAAUCAUCUGGAGAGCCCAAGCCAUUUGUGAAACUCACAAGUUCCAACUGGUAAUCAGAGGAAACACAGCAGUGACAGAACCCAUGAAUACACAUCAGUUUUAUGUGUGGGAUCAUGUUAGCCUUGUCUUUCACACCGAAGAUGUCCUGACCUUCCCUAAAAGAAGGCUUAAGGCAAGCCUCAGUUGUUGUGAACUGGAUGAAAAUGUAGACCUUUCAAACGGGGAAAACUGCCCUUCACUUGCUGAAGCUGAGAAAUGCAUUGAAAGAUUGCCAGAUGAUGAAUCUGAAAAAGAAGAUGAAAAAGAAGAAUAUAAAUCAGUGAAAAAGGAAAUGGACUAAAAGUGUACAAGUUCUGUAAGAGCCUUUACAGUUUUGUGGCUUUGUAUGGUUUUGCCCUUUGUGACAAAUAGCUUGAGAAUAAUAAGUAAACAAGAUAAACAAAUAAAUAAAAGGUGGGGGUAAUUUUUAACUUACAUUUGUUACUUGUCAUUGAGAGGCUAUAAUGAGAUUAAAAAAAAAACCUGUCUUUUAAACUGUCUUAAUAUUGCAUGAUGUGGUUGAAUAUUAUGAUUAUUAUUAUUUUUUUUUUUCCAAACUUAAAAUGCUCUCUGUCAUACUAACACUGAUCUGGGCUGCGUUUCACAAAAGCAUCGUAAGCCUAAGUAGAUCAUAGACCCAUUGCCACCAAUGCUCUCUCUCUGAUUAACUUCCUUAACGAUGCUUUUGAGAAACGCACCCCUGGUCAUUGUUUUAGAGUCUUACAAAGAUUACAAUUAAGCUUUUACUUUGUAUCAUUGUGCUGCCAAUUACCCAGCAUGCCUUGCGUCUUCUGCCUGUAUAUUAUUAGUUGUGUCAAUAAAGCAUAUGAUGCAAUACA